AUGUCGCUUUCUGCGAAGAUAUUGCAGAAAAUCGUGCGGAACGAGGCCAUGGCCUCGGAUCCGCACGAGAUCUACGGCUGGCGUGUGUAUCUACUUGCCUGUUCGGCCUGCUUCGGUGCCAUGUCCUUCGGAUGGGACUCGUCCGUCAUCGGUGGUGUUAUCGUCCUGGAGCCCUUCGUGGAAGACUUUGGCCUGGGUGAUCCUAAUUCCCCCGCAUCUGCCGCCCUCGCUGCCAACAUCGUCUCGACUCUCCAAGCCGGCUGUUUCCUCGGUGCUCUCGUCGCCUCUCCCAUGACAGAUCGCUUCGGCCGGAAAUGGUGCCUCAUCGGUGUGUCCAUUAUCAUCAUCGUCGGAAUCAUCAUGCAGGCCGCGGCUAGCGGCAACCUGGGACCUAUGUACGCUGGUCGUUUCAUCGCCGGUGUCGGGGUCGGCGCUGCCAGUACCAUUAACCCCAUCUACGUCUCCGAGAACUCCCCGCGUGCCAUUCGUGGCCUGCUCACUGGUCUGUACCAACUCUUCAUUGUCACGGGUGGCAUGAUUGCUUUCUGGAUCAACUACUCGGUCAGCAUCCACUUCCCCUAUGGCAAGCUCAUGUAUAUCUUCCCACUCGCCAUCCAGGCGCUCCCAGCUGUGCUGCUGUGUGUGUGCAUGUUGAUGUGCCAGGAGUCCCCCCGCUGGCUGGCCCGCCGGGACAGGUGGGAGGAUACCAAGAAGGUUUUAUCUCGCAUUCGCAACUUGCCGCCCACGCACCCGUACAUCCAGGAAGAGUUCCAAGAGAUUGUCGACCAGCUCGAGCACGAACGCAACCUGAUUGGCGAUGCCACCUUCUGGAACCUGCAACGCGAGAUGUGGACCAUCGCUGGCAACCGCCGCCGUGUCAUCAUCAGCAUUGUCCUCAUGAUCUGCCAGCAAAUGACCGGUACCAACGCCAUCAACACUUACGCGCCCACCAUCUUCCAGAACCUCGGCCUGACGGGCACCUCGACUUCGCUCUUCAGCACGGGCAUCUACGGUAUCGUUAAGGUCACCAGCUGCAUCUGCUUCCUGCUCUUCAUGGCCGACUCGCUGGGCCGCCGUCGCAGUCUGCUAUGGACUUCCAUCGCCCAAGGCCUCGCCAUGUUCUACAUCGGCCUGUACGUACGCAUCGCACCGCCCGAGAAGGGCCAGGAGGUCCCUCCUGCUGGCUACUUUGCUCUCGUUUCCAUUUUCUUAUUCGCCGCCUUCUUCCAAUUCGGAUGGGGUCCCGCCUGCUGGAUCUACGCCAGUGAGAUCCCCGCCGCACGUCUCCGUUCCCUCAACGUUUCCUACGCGGCCGCGACGCAAUGGCUCUUCAACUUUGUCGUCGCCCGCGCCGUGCCCACCAUGCUUCUCACCGUGGGGAGCCACGGAUACGGAACAUAUCUCAUCUUCGGCAGCUUCUGUUUCGCCAUGUUUGUCUUCGUCUGGUUUUUCGUGCCCGAGACGAAGGGCCUCUCGCUCGAACACAUGGACGAGCUGUUCGGUGUCACCGACGAGUCCAAGCCGCUGGCCGGGGGACAAGGGGCGAUUGAGGGCGAGAAGACGAAGGAGAAGGCCAAGGAAAAUGAUAAAGGGGAGAAGGACAAGGACGGGCCACACGCUCUUCAAACCGAGGUGGCUUAG